AUGACGUCGAGGCUAAAAAACUUCACGUUCUCGUCGAAGCGCAAGAACAGCAACAAUUCGACCAUCUCCCAAACGAUUCCGUCCUCUGGGAACACCUUUGUCCCCCCGCCUGCCAGUACCGCCUCCACCAGCCCCCCACCGCCCUCAUCAGCUUCAACCACCAGUCUCCCCAUGAACGCGCAAAACCCGCAAGGCCGACCUCCCAGUUAUACAUAUGCCGGCCGGACGAGUCCCAUGCCGCCUCCGCCGCUGAACACAACGGUGCAGCCUGGUCAGUAUGCACAACAACCGCCUGUCGCCGCAAAUCCUCCGGGGUAUGGCUAUCAACAACAACCGGGACCGGCAUCACAGCAAUCACAACCGUCGCAACCACUGCAUCAGCAUGGUCUUUCGUCUGCGCUAGGCCCUGCGCAGGGUCUGCGUAAUCCAGCCGCCGAAGUUGAUGGAACAAACAGGAAUAAAUCGCAGUUGAUUGUGGGUAUCGACUUUGGAACUACCUUCUCUGGCGUCGCCUAUGCGUUUGCGACUAACAACGAGGCACGAGAAGAUAUCAUCACUGAAUGGCCCGGCGCUGGCACCCACACAAAACAAAAGAUUCCAACAGUCCUUUACUACGACCAGUACCAAAAAGUUGUAGGAUGGGGUCCCGAUAUCGCAGACGCCCUGGCUCAUACCGGUUACCCAAAACAAGGAGUGCAAAAGGUUGAAUGGUUCAAGCUACAGUUGAUGUUGUCGGGAAAUACAUAUAUUGAUCCUAUCAACCUGCCACCCCUUCCUCCCGGUAAAUCGGAGAUUGAUGUCGCCGCCGAUUAUUUGUUCAAGGUGCGACAGGCAAUGCGCGCACAGCUUCAAAAGACCUUGGGUGAGGUCUUUAAUCGCGAAGAGCGCAAUAUUCGCUAUUUUUUGACUGUGCCUGCUAUCUGGAACGAGGCCGCCAAAGCAGCUACUCGAGCGGCUGCUAUUCAAGCUGGUUUCUUGCGCGAUGAAAAUGACAAUCGGUUGACUUUGAUCACGGAGCCUGAAGCUGCUGCCAUGUUCUGCGCCAAGACUGGUCUGUUAAACCUCAAGGUCGGCGACGCUAUUUUGAUUGUGGAUUGUGGUGGUGGUACCGUCGAUUUGAUCGCAUACGAAGUCGAAGAGGAGAAUCCAUUUACAGUUGCUGAAUGCACAGCUGGAUCUGGUGAUUCGUGUGGUUCGACCGCUCUCAACCGCAACUUUAGCAAUAUAUUACGGGCUCGAAUUCGCAAAAUGAACCUUCCCGAUGGAUCGCGUACAGCUGGACGAGUCUAUGCCAAAUGUAUCAUGGACUUUGAAAACAGAAUCAAGGCAGAUUUCCGCAACAACGGUCAGAAAUGGGCUGUGGAUGUGGGUAUUGAAGCGGAUUACCCAGAUGCAGGUAUUGAAGAAGGUUACAUGACUUUUACCAAUGAGGAGAUUCUUCAGUGUUUCGAGCCCGUUGUGAAUCGUAUUUUGGAGUUGGUGAGGAAUCAGAUUAUUGCUAUUCAAGCGCAGAAUAGGCUCUUACAGAACGUCCUCGUCGUCGGUGGCUUCGGCGCUUCCGAGUAUCUCUUCCAACAGAUCAAACUACAUGUGCCACCUCAAUUCCAAUCAAAGGUCGUGCGUCCAAUGGACUCUGUUGCUGCUAUCGUCAAAGGAGCUGUCACAGCUGGUAUUGCAGAACGCGUUGUCACUCACCGUGUUGCCCGUCGACACUACCUCAUGGCUACUCUGCAGCCUUUCAAGGAGGGAUAUCAUCCCGAACAAUACCGUGUUCCCAGUUUAGAUGGCAAGGAUCGAUGCAAAUACACUCGACAGAUUUUCGUACAAAAGGGUGAGCGUGUCAAGAUUGGCGAGCCCGUCAAAGUCAGCUUCUUCCGUCAGGUCGCCCCUGGAGCGACAUUGAUGUAUGAGGAUAUUUUAUAUGCAUGCGACGAGGACGUCUGUCCAGAAUAUGUCAAGGAUCCUCGUAUCAAAGAAGUCGUCACACUCACCUCAGACCUCUCACGCAAAAACCUUGAAAAAGACUUUGAGCGCAUGGACACUCCCAACGGCACAUUCUACCGCGUAUAUUUCGACAUUUACCUAACCCUCGAUGGAUCCGAAUUCAACGCCGAACUGGUCUGCCAAGGCGAAGUCAUGGGCCGCUGCACGGCUCGAUUUAAGUAG